AUAAAGAAAUUAAAGUUGCUGGUUUUUGCUGUCUCUUUUUGGUUCAAAUUAAAAAUUGGUGUGAAUAGGGGAAUAUUGGAUAGAUAUAUAUGCUUUGUUGUUAUUAGUUGAUGAUUAAUAUUACAGAAAAUGUGUAGAACUUGAUGGGGUUUGAUGCUGGGGAUUAAUUGGGGAAGAGAUAGAUAGAUAGAUCUUGGAUUCUUGGGAGAUGAUGGUUGACUUUACAAUGAGUGCUUCUUUAUUUAUUUAAUAUAUUUUUCUUUAUUAAAACCUUUAAUUUAUGAAUUAUUGUGUUACCAUAAUUAUAAUCAUAUAUAUAAAAUGUCCAAUUGUUAGUAGUACGUUCAAAAGAGUCAUGAGGCCAGCUUUCUUGGUUGACAAUUUGGAAGUUUCAACCAAUUCCAAUUCCUCCCAGCAAGCUGAAACAGGCCAAGCCACUACUAUUCUUCACUCUUCUUACAAUUGCUCCGGGGACGACCCUAACUUCAAUGGAUUAAUAUUUACCGCUUAUGGAACUCAAGUAAAUCCUCAUGAGGUAGUUGGUUUUUCAAGUGCUCGGCUACCGCUGCCAUUUGAUGUUGCAGAUGAUGGACUCAUUUUUGUGAAUGCAAAGCAGUAUCAUGGAAUACUAAGAAGGAGACAGAUGCGGGCAAAGCUUGUGGCACAAAACAGACUACUCAAAACUAGAAAGCCAUAUAUGCACGAGUCUCGCCAUCUCCACGCUGUUAACAGGGUGAGGGGUUCCGGAGGACGUUUUCUCAGCUCAAAGAAACCACACCACCACAACUCUCCAUCAUCAUCACCCAACUCAGUUCAGGCUUCCACGUCUGCCAUUGCUCCAUAGGGCAUGCCCAAUCACAGGUAGGCACAAUUCAUCAUCUUUGAUGAGGAGAGGUAAAGGGUUUUGGAGCAUUUUGAAUGCAUUUGGAGUCAAUGAGAGCCAAAUAUGAAGCUAUGGAGAUGGAUGUAACACUUCUAAUGAAGCCUAAGAUUGGUUUCAAUGGUGUUGGUCAUUUGGGCGUACCAAAAGAAAAGAGAAGCAAAAAAUCAAGGAGUUAUAAUUCUCGCACUGCACGUCAACGUCUUAGUAUUUUACCAUAUCUCAGCCUAGGAAUGUCUAAAUGAGGUGAUUCUUGAGCCAUUAGAAAGAAGACUCUAAGGACUACAACUUUCAUGAUAACUAUAAACCCGAAAUCGAAAGAAAAAAAAGGGUUAAAAUCAGCCUGCAAACCGGACAUUUGUCGUAAGAGGACUCUCGAUGCGUCGAGAAGAGGCAGAAUGCCACCGUUUUUGCUCUGAAUUAGCUUGACGCUUUGAGAACCCCAGAUCUACAGAUUUUUAACCCGCCCCUAUUCCUAUUUAAGUCAGUUUUCACUCAUUUAUCCCUGGUUUUUUACCCUGUUCGAACCCUAGACACUUUCUUUCACUUCCUUUCAUAUUUCUAAGUUAGAUUAGGUUUAGAUUUAGGUUCCUAAAC